GACAUGCUUCUCAGUCCCAAAUGCUAAGCAAGGUUAGGUGAAGAUAGCAACCUUAAGCACCAUCAAAACCUUCCUUUUACAGAAUAACCUGACGUGGGAUCUUGCAGUGUUUUUUUCAACAUUGUCAUUGAUCAGGGUGGUGAAUUUAAUUGACAAAUGAAAAAGAACUAAAAGUACUAGUUGAAGAGGAGGGACUCCAAGCAGUGUUGUUGUUGUUUCUACUUUUUGUUUUUGGCGUUGCCUUGUGUUUUGGAACAAAAUGUUGCUGCAGAUAUCGCCGAGUUUGAGGCAUGUCACCGUGCUUCCGGGAAAAGGGUUGAAGGAGUUUAUCAAAGUGAAGGUUGCAUCAAGGAAGCUUUCUUAUCGGAUGCUCUUUUAUUCACUCUUGUUCUUCACUUUCCUUCUUAGGUUUGUGUUUGUUUUGACAGCAGUGGAUAACAUUGAUGGAGCAAACAAGUGCUCUUCCAUAGGUUGUCUGGGAAAAAAAUUGAGGCCAAAGAUUUUGGGAAGAAGUCUUGAAUCAAAUGUUCCAGAAGUGAUAUACGGAAUAUUAGAUCAACCCCUUGGCAAAGAGGAAUUAGAGGGAAGGUCUGAUAUUCCCCAGACAUUAGAAGAGUUCAUGACCCAAUUGAAGGAAGGUGGAUAUGAUGCCAAGACAUUUGCAAUUAAACUAAGAGAAAUGGUAACGCUUAUGGAACAAAGAACCAGAGAAGCCAUAGUUCAAGAAUAUUUAUAUCGCCAUGUCGCCUCAAGUGGCAUACCGAAACAGCUUCACUGCCUUGCCUUAAGGCUGGCCAACGAGCACACCAACAACGCAGCCGCGCGCCUUCAACUACCCUCUGCAGAACUUGUCCCUGCCUUGGUUGACAACAACUAUUUUCACUUUGUCCUGGCCUCAGACAACGUUCUUGCAGCCUCUGUGGUUGCAACAUCGCUUGUUCGCAGCAGUUUGCGACCUCAGAGGGUUGUUCUGCACAUAAUUACAGAUAGAAAGACAUACUAUCCCAUGCAGGCUUGGUUCUCCUUGCACCCUUUGUCACCUGCCAUAAUUGAGGUCAAGGCAUUGCACCACUUUGAUUGGUUUACAAAGGGAAAAGUGCCUGUGCUGGAAGCAAUGGAAAAGGAUCAAAAUGUUCGAUCACAGUUUAGAGGGGGAUCAUCAGCUAUUGUAGCAAAUACUACUGAGAAGCCAAAAGUAAUUGCUGCAAAGCUGCAAGCACUUAGUCCUAAGUAUAACUCAGUAAUGAAUCACAUUCGGAUACAUCUUCCAGAGUUGUUCUCAAGUCUUAACAAGGUGGUCUUCCUUGAUGAUGACAUUGUGGUGCAAACUGAUCUUUCACCUCUGUGGGACAUUGACUUGAAUGGAAAAGUCAAUGGAGCAGUAAAAACUUGCAGUGGAGAAGAUAAGUUUGUGAUGUCAAAGAGGUUGAAAAGCUAUUUGAACUUCUCCCACCCUUUAAUAUCCCAAAAUUUUGAUCCCAAUGAAUGUGCUUGGGCUUAUGGUAUGAACAUUUUUGACCUUGAUGCUUGGAGGAAGACCAAUAUAAGCUCUACAUACCAUUACUGGGUAGAGCAGAAUAUAAAAUCAGACCUCAGUUUGUGGCAGCUAGGAACAUUACCCCCCGGAUUAAUAGCAUUCCAUGGUCAUGUCCACACUAUUGAUCCUUUCUGGCACAUGUUGGGAUUGGGAUAUCAGGAAAAUACAAGUUUUGCUGAUGCUGAGACUGCUGGUGUAAUCCAUUUCAAUGGCAGGGCAAAACCAUGGCUAGAAAUAGCUUUUCCCCAUCUAAGGCCAUUGUGGACCAAGUACAUUGACUUUUCAGAUUACUUCAUAAAGAGCUGUCACAUUAGGGCAUUGUAAUUUUGAUCAUGAGAAGAUGUAGUCUUUUUUAUGAGUGGAAGGAAUGGUAUUUGCAUAGAGGAAGAUGAAAAUUGAGAGGACUUCUUCAAAAGCAUAUAUACCCACCCACCACUACAAGUGACAAGACAACAAUGAUAUGACUACUUUGCAAGAUGCACCUUCGUUUUGAUUUUCCAUUGUUAACACUUGGGUUGAAAUUCUUUUUUCUCUUCAAUUAUAAGCAUGAGUAUUUGUAGAUCAUAUUCAUAUAUAUAUAUAUAAAAGAAAAUGUAGUUCUUUUGGAAAAC